ACGACCCUAGCCGGCCGGGAAGAUAUAAAAUGAGCGCAGCAGCGCGUGGUACGUCAAUCUAACACAAACCAACGAACUGAGAGAAGAUCGAGAGAAAGCAGCGGGUGCCUUGCGAUUAUUGCUCUUUUACACUAAGACUUCAGAAAUUCUUCAUUUGUGUGAAUACAUCUCAUGAGCAAAAUGAAGAGGUUUGCAGUGUUGAUGAUGCUGGUAUUUGCCAGUGUGUUUGCAGACGAUGAUGACAAGAAGGAAGAUGUUGGUACCGUGGUUGGCAUAGAUCUGGGCACCACAUAUUCAUGUGUUGGCGUGUUUAAGAAUGGUCGUGUUGAAAUCAUUGCCAAUGACCAGGGUAACAGAAUCACACCAUCAUACGUGGCUUUCACCCCAGAGGGUGAGCGUCUGAUUGGAGAUGCCGCCAAGAACCAAUUGACUUCAAAUCCUGAGAACACUGUGUUUGAUGCCAAGCGUCUGAUCGGUCGCACAUGGAACGAUCCUUCAGUUCAGCAGGAUAUAAAAUACCUUCCUUUUAAGGUACUAGAGAGAAAAACCAAGCCAUACAUUGAGGUAGACAUUGGUGAUCAGAUGAAAACCUUUGCCCCAGAAGAGAUUUCUGCUAUGGUCCUAACUAAGAUGAAGGAAACGGCUGAGGCUUAUCUUGGCAGAAAGGUCACUCAUGCUGUUGUCACGGUGCCAGCUUACUUCAAUGAUGCCCAACGCCAGGCCACUAAAGAUGCUGGGACAAUCGCCGGCCUCAAUGUUAUGAGGAUUAUCAAUGAACCAACUGCAGCUGCAAUUGCUUAUGGCUUAGAUAAAAAGGAAGGCGAGAAGAACAUCCUUGUGUUUGACCUGGGUGGUGGCACUUUUGAUGUUUCCCUGCUUACAAUAGACAAUGGUGUGUUUGAAGUGGUGGCCACUAAUGGAGAUACUCACCUGGGUGGAGAGGACUUUGACCAGAGAGUUAUGGAGCACUUUAUCAAGCUGUACAAGAAGAAAACUGGCAAAGAUGUCCGAAAAGACAAUCGGGCUGUGCAGAAGCUGCGUCGCGAGGUUGAAAAAGCAAAGAGAGCUCUGUCUGCUCAGCAUCAAGCCAGAAUUGAGAUUGAGUCCUUCUUUGAUGGAGAAGACUUCUCUGAGACUUUGACCCGUGCCAAAUUUGAGGAGCUCAACAUGGAUCUCUUCCGCUCCACCAUGAAGCCAGUUCAGAAGGUGCUGGAGGAUGCUGAUUUGAAGAAGUCUGACAUUGAUGAGAUUGUUCUUGUGGGAGGCUCAACUCGUAUCCCUAAAAUCCAGCAGUUGGUGAAGGAAUUUUUUAAUGGAAAAGAACCCUCUCGAGGAAUCAACCCAGAUGAAGCUGUUGCAUAUGGUGCUGCUGUCCAGGCUGGUGUGCUGUCUGGAGAUCAGGACACUGGUGACUUGGUUCUUCUUGAUGUCUGCCCUCUGACACUUGGUAUUGAGACUGUUGGAGGUGUCAUGACUAAACUCAUCCCAAGGAACACAGUUGUGCCCACCAAGAAGUCUCAGAUCUUCUCCACAGCUUCUGACAACCAGCCUACUGUCACCAUCAAGGUUUAUGAAGGUGAACGUCCACUGACUAAGGAUAACCAUCUCUUGGGCACUUUUGACUUGACUGGAAUCCCUCCAGCCCCCCGUGGAGUCCCUCAAAUAGAAGUAACCUUUGAGAUAGAUGUAAAUGGUAUUCUGAGGGUGACAGCAGAGGACAAGGGCACUGGUAACAAGAACAAGAUCACAAUCACAAAUGACCAAAACAGAUUGACACCAGAAGAAAUUGAGAGAAUGGUCACUGAUGCAGAAAAGUUUGCAGAAGAUGACAAAAAGUUGAAGGAGCGCAUUGAUGCCCGUAACGAGUUGGAGAGCUAUGCCUAUUCUCUAAAGAAUCAGAUAGGAGACAAAGAAAAACUUGGAGGCAAACUAUCAUCUGAAGACAAAGAGACCAUCGAAAAGGCAGUAGAAGAGAAGAUUGAGUGGUUGGAAAGCCACCAGGAUGCAGACAUUGAAGACUUCAAAGCAAAAAAGAAAGAAUUGGAAGAGAUUGUCCAGCCUAUUGUCGGCAAGCUUUAUGGUGCAGCAGGGGGACCCCCUCCUGAGGGCGAGGAGACAGAAAAAGAUGAGUUGUAGAUCCGGGGUAUCCUUGGCUGCUGUAAUAUUGUAAAUACUGGACUCAGGAACUUUUUUGUUAUGGAGAGAAAAUAUUGAAUGGAUAAAACUGUAUUCUUCACUUCUAGUGGAGACAAAUGCUAAGCCUUAUGGCUGUUUACUGCUUUUCGUUAGCAGCUGCUCACCAUUAUUUUUGUCUUGUUUGCCCCAAGGGAAGGUGGGUGGGUCUGGUAUACAGGAGGGACAGUCUCAAAGUUGAACUCCAAUGUUUUAUUUAUUUGCGAUCUGGUCACAUGCAUCCUAUGUAGAACUUUUUUCUACCAUCAUUGACCACCAAUAAAUGUUUGAUAAAAAAAAAAAAAAAAA